CGAAAUGUGUACUGAACGGAAGCCGCCAUAGGUCAAUUUCAAUCGGCGUGCUCAUUUGAACAAGAGGAACCGCUACGAAGCACGGGAGAGGAGCGGCCCAGUAUUGAUAAUUCAACUCUAAAGUCAAUAUUGUAUGUACAGUAUUGGUACGCUUGUACUUUGGCAAACAUUUUAGACAUAUUACGUCGAUCAGACCGCCUCAUCGGGAUGGAGUGGCAGCCAGAUGAGCAGGGACUUCAGCAGGUCCUCCAACUGCUCAAAGACUCACAGUCGCCCAACACAGUCACGCAGAGAGCUGUCCAACAAAAACUUGAACAACUCAACCAGUUCCCUGACUUCAACAACUAUCUCAUCUUUGUCCUCACACGACUCAAAACUGAAGACGAGCCGACUCGCUCUCUGAGCGGUUUGAUACUGAAGAACAAUGUUAAGGCCCACUAUCAGAACUUCCCCCCAGCUGUUGCUGACUUCAUCAAGCAGGAAUGUCUCAACAACAUUGGUGACCCGUCACCGCUCAUCCGUGCAACCAUUGGCAUACUGAUCACUACCAUUGCCUCCAAGGGAGAGCUACAAACAUGGCCUGAGCUGCUGCCCCAGCUCUGCAACUUGCUCAACUCAGAGGACUACAACACCUGCGAGGGCUCGUUUGGAGCACUGCAGAAGAUCUGCGAGGACUCGUCUGAGCUGCUGGACAGCGACGCUCUCAACAGACCCCUCAACAUUAUGAUACCUAAAUUCCUUCAGUUCUUCAAGCACUGCAGCCCCAAGAUUAGGUCCCAUGCUAUAGCCUGUGUGAACCAGUUCAUUAUUGGCAGAGCCCAGGCCCUGAUGGACAACAUUGACACCUUCAUAGAGAGCCUGUUUGCGCUGGCAGCAGAUGAGGACUCUGAAGUUCGAAAAAACGUGUGCAGAGCCCUGGUCAUGUUACUGGAGGUCCGCAUUGACCGCCUCAUCCCCCACAUGCACAGCAUCAUCCAGUACAUGCUGCAGAGAACCCAGGACCCUGAUGAGAACGUGGCUCUUGAGGCCUGCGAGUUUUGGCUGACUUUAGCAGAGCAACCCAUCUGUAAGGAGAUGCUGUCCGGACACCUGGUGCAGCUGACACCUAUCUUGGUAAAUGGGAUGAAGUAUUCAGAGAUAGACAUCAUACUAUUAAAGGGUGAUGUGGAGGAGGACGAGGCAGUACCAGAUAGUGAUCAGGACAUCAAGCCCCGUUUCCACAAGUCGCGCACUGUCACCUUGCAGCACGAAGGAGGGGAGGGUGAGGAGGGUGAGGACAACGAAGAUGACGACGAUGAUGAUGACGACACACUGUCUGACUGGAAUCUGCGAAAGUGUUCAGCCGCAGCACUGGACGUUCUGGCCAAUGUGUUCCGAGAUGAACUGCUGCCGCACCUCCUGCCGCUCCUGAAAGGCCUGCUCUUCCACCCUGACUGGGUCAUCAAGGAGUCUGGCAUCCUGGUGUUGGGGGCUAUAGCUGAGGGCUGCAUGCAGGGCAUGGUGCCCUACCUGCCGGAGCUGAUCCCUCACCUCAUCCAGUGUCUAUGUGACAAAAAGGCCCUGGUGCGUUCCAUUGCCUGCUGGACCCUGAGUCGCUAUGCACAUUGGGUGGUCUCCCAGCCCCCCGACUCCUACCUCAAACCUCUUAUGACAGAGCUUCUUAAACGCAUCCUGGACAGCAACAAGAGGGUUCAGGAGGCCGCCUGCAGCGCGUUUGCCACCCUGGAGGAGGAGGCAUGCACAGAGCUGGUGCCCUACCUGAGCUUUAUCCUGGACACGCUGGUGUUUGCUUUUGGGAAGUACCAGCACAAGAAUCUCCUCAUUCUCUAUGAUGCCAUAGGAACUCUGGCAGACUCAGUGGGUCACCACCUCAAUCAGCCUGAGUACAUUCAGAAGUUGAUGCCCCCCCUUAUUGCCAAGUGGAAUGAGCUGAAGGACGAAGACAAGGAUCUCUUCCCACUACUAGAGUGUCUGUCAUCAGUAGCCACCGCCCUGCAGAGUGGGUUUCUGCCUUACUGUGAGCCUGUCUAUCAACGCUGUGUCACACUAGUCCAGAAGACACUAGCUCAGGCUAUGAUGUACAACCAACACCCAGACCAGUAUGAGGCUCCUGACAAGGAUUUCAUGAUUGUGGCCUUGGAUCUGCUGAGCGGCCUGGCUGAGGGUUUGGGGGGUCAUGUGGAACAGCUAGUGGCCCGCUCUAACAUCAUGACCUUGCUUUUCCAGUGCAUGCAGGAUACUAUGCCUGAGGUGAGGCAAAGCUCCUUUGCUCUGCUGGGUGAUCUAACCAAGGCGUGCUUCCCCCAUGUUAAGCCCUGCAUUGCUGAGUUCAUGCCCAUCCUGGGGCUCAACCUGAACCCAGAGUUUAUCUCAGUGUGUAACAACGCUACCUGGGCCAUUGGAGAGAUCUCGAUGCAAAUGGGCACAAGUGUCAAGCAGCAAACAAGGGAUUGUCCUGGUGCAGAGAUGCAGCCUUAUGUGGGCAUGGUUCUGCCACACCUGGUGGAGAUCAUCAAUAGACCCAACACACCCAAGACUCUGCUGGAAAACACAGCCAUUACGAUUGGCAGACUGGGUUAUGUCUGUCCCCAGGAAGUGGCACCUCAGCUGCAGCAAUUCAUUAGACCAUGGUGCACAUCGUUGAGGAAUAUCAGAGAUAACGAGGAGAAGGACUCGGCCUUCCGGGGAAUCUGUGUGAUGAUUGGCGUCAACCCUGCAGGGGUGGUGCAGGACUUCAUUUUCUUCUGUGACGCUGUGGCCUCCUGGGUCAACCCCAAAGAUGACCUGAGAGACAUGUUUUAUAAGAUCUUGCAUGGCUUCAAGGACCAGGUCGGGGAAGAGAAUUGGCAGCAGUUCUCUGAGCAGUUUCCUCCUCUGCUGAAGGAGCGCCUGUCAGCCUGCUAUGGCGUCUAACCCAACCACCCCCUUGUCCACACAGGACACCAACCUGUUAGGUUAAUGUAGGGGAGGGUUACUGGGGAACUCAUUGCACUGCCCAGAUUGUGGGGAGAAACAAGAGCUGGAGGGAUGUGACUGGCCUUGAUCUUCCACUCAGCGGAUGGCCCCCUUUCCCUCUGCGCCCUGUGUGUCUCUGUAAGGGAGGGUGGGAGGAGGGUGGUGGGUGUGGGAGGGUAAACUGGGGAUAUACAUAUACCUCUCGGAUUAAACGCCUCACUAAAUCCAACACACUCAAAAGUGACUUUCGCCAACAGCACGCAGGGAUCCUAGGUAUGUGAGGACAAAAUAGGGGCUGGCUUUGACCUCCCCUCCUCAAUUUGAUUAUUCUGUUAAGAUUGGUGAUGGCUGGGAGGGGAAGGGGGUGUCAGAUAGGUACAUAAAGCGGAAUUAUCUGAACCAGCAUAGGGUGCCACAGUCCCAAAUACCACAAUGCAUGUAGUCAGUAGAAUGACUCGCACAUGUAGAUGCGUUUAAACAGGCUCGUGCCAGAGGCAAAACAAAAACACACAAGACGCUUUUACUAUGUAACAAUGCAGGAAAUGUGCACAAGUUAUUUGCACCUUUUUAUGGCGGAAUUGCAUAAACCAUUUGGUGUCCAUAUACAUGGGUCUUAUUCUCUUUUCACAUGUACAUGAACUUAAUUUCCUUCCUCUUCCCUUGGCUGCUGAAUUCCCCUUGAAUCAUCAUAGGUUUCUUUUUUCCCCCCUCAUUUGAGGCAAAAAAAAGAUGCUGUAGGUCUGUCCUGAGGUUUUACCACCGCAGUACCAAGUUAUUGCAUGGCAUAUGAUCACCUCUUUAAGUGACGCAUGUUUGAGUGAAUGUCUUGUUGCUCACUUGAUUUAUUACAUGAAUUGUCGUCAGUAUGGGGAGGCUGCCAUAAUUUGAAUCUGUCAGGGGCUUAGUUCUUUUGUCCUCCCAUUCAUACAUAUUGUCUAAUCAGUGUCCCUAUAGUUUAAUGGAGGCUGCGUGUGACGACUAACUAUAGGUAGAUUAAUACAGCAAUCAGCUCAUGUCUGAUUUGUUUGGAGAAUCACUCACUGCAACAAGAGUUCAAAUACUGCAGGCAAGUUGAAAAUCCUUUUUGCUGCUGCUGCUUCGUUUUUAGAGUAUUUACAGAACGGACUUGAUGAGAGCGAUAAGACAUCACCAAGAAUGAAUUGGUUCUUACUGAUAUAAAUGCACUUUUUCUUUUGUAAGAAAUUUAGAGUUUCAAAUGUAAGACAUACAGUAAUAAUAUACUGAUCUUCAGAUGUAGUGAUUUUAGGACUGUUAAUGGCUUGCUUAAGUAAGCAUAAUGUUAAGCAAUGGUAAAAUGACUAGGGUAAGACUUGAGGCCUCUUAACAUAGUUUGAUAAUGUAGCUCCUUCUAAAAAUUGAUUGACUAGGAAUUAAGAGGAGAGAGACAUCUUAAUUACAGUAUUUUGGAUCCAUGUCCCUGUGCACCGAUCAAUCCAUAUCUGUUUGAGUAUGGCCCCGUCUUUUAUCAAAGCUUUUUGUUAAAUGAUGGCUGCUUGAGCAAUCAAGGCUUCUCUUUGUCAUGGACAUUGCAUGCUUUUCAGUGAGUCUUGCUCCUUUAUUUUUUUUUUUUUUUUUAAGUAAUUUUAUAACAGGUCCUUUUGGAGGGAUCUACCUUAUGAGCUUUUUCAAUGGCAAUUCAAAUCACUGCUGGAGUAAUAAGGUACUUCUCCAGCUUAUGAUCAAACUAAUGAUUGUUGUUGCCAUAUUCACCCGUUGAUACUGUGUAGGAAAUGCCUGGGAAUACACUGACUGAGUCCUAAUAGUUCUGCCCUGACACUGGUUAGCUUAUUUGAGAGAGUGGUGGUCUUUAUCCAGCUUUAACUUUUAAUCAUUGUCCAUAGUGGACAGUUGUAAUGGAAGUGUGUGUGGCUGUUUGCCUGUUGGUGUUUUACUAUAAAGGUGUGUACGCGAGUAAUGCUUAGAUGUAACUUUGCACCAGCCCUACAAUAACGUUAUGUCCGGGACAUAGUUUGAGUCAUGCCUGAGUUAAAGUGGCCACUGGGAGUAUCAACAUUUGCCUGCCAGUUAACAUCAUCAGUUGAUCGUCAGGGUGCUCAAAUCACCUAAAAUGAAGACCAUCACAAAUGGAAAACACCAAAAUCUAUUCUUUCCUGAUUUUAAAAUAUUUUCCUGAAUAUCAGCUCACAUCAAUAGAUUAUGUAUUUUAUAGAAUGAGAAUUUGUGUAUUUUUUUUUUCUUUCCUCAGCCAAUGUGACAUGGAGGUUUUUUUUUCCUUUUUGUUUUUUUUUUGUAGCACAAAUGUUAACGAUGUGUUUCAGAUCCCUGACCACUUUUGUAAGCCACGACACCCAACAGAGUGAAUACUGAAAGACAUCUUCUCCAGGUUUAACUGGUAGGCAAGCAUUGAGAUAUGAGGUGGCCACUCAUCAGUCACAGGACGGACAGAUGUUCUUGGUGAAGCAUUCAUAAUGAGAAUGUUUGAGAAGGAUGCGCCACAAAGAAUUGGUUAAAAAAAAAAAGUUGAGGCUUUACCAAUCGCCAUGUUGUGAUACACUAAGGUAUAUACAGAAGUAAAUUUAAAUGCAAGUUGACCACAGGUUGUUUUUUUUUUAUUUUAUUUUUAAUUUUCAUGCUCAUGUGACAGUUUUUGUUUUUAUUUAUUUAUUUUGUUUUUGAUUUGUUUGUUUUUUGUGCUCCAGUGCACAAAUUGUUUUGGACUUUAAAAGUUUUUUUUCUCCCUUUUUUUAUUCUUUUUAUUUAAAGAAUUUGUUUUCGUUGUUUUAUAGCGGACCAUUUGAUUAUGUCAAAUUUGAUGUUGUGGUUGGACUGAAAGAGUCUGUGCUUGGUGCAUACCUUUUUUAGAGACGAAUGUGGAAAACUAAUUCAUAACUUCAAUCUGAUAUCAAGGCUUGCAAUUGAAUUUGAUGUACCUUUUUUUUUCUUUUCUUUUUUGCUCAACUGUGGUGCAGGUGGGAUGUUAUCUGAUGUAUCCCUUUUUAUUUAAUUUUUGUGAAUAUGGGAAAAUAAAUUUUUUUUUUUUUCUAUUAAGCUUUGAGUCGGCUGAAAAUGUUGUUCUAUGUGAUCAACCCAAAAUGGAUCUAUUUGGGUGAGACUGGAAACCACAACAGGUAGCACUCGCUUCCUGGUGAGCUAGAGGGCAUGUUAAUGCCCUCAUUUUGUAAAUGAACUAAAGUGAUAUUUGAAUGAAACUUCAUGCACUGAAAAUUUGGUUUGUUUUCAUUAAGUAGUGCAGGCAUCUUGGCAACUCUGGCUACCUUCAAACGUCAGACUGCUGAGCCCUCACCUCUCUCUAGCCAAUGGUUGACAUUUUCCCAGGGCACAUGCUCACACACCUGUGACCACACCUUUUGUCUAAAUCAAGGCAGUGUUUUUUUUUUUUCCUCCAUUGCAUCUCUGACAGGAUGUAACAUAAGGAAAAUUUAGGGACAUAACAUUAACACAUGAACACAAAUGUGUCUACAGCCAUGCUAGCAGCUCUGUGAGGCUCUUAGGCACAGCAGUGCGUUGGCUAAAUGCUAAUGUUAGCAUGCUGAUGUUUAGCAGGUAUAAUAUUGUUCACCAUCUUAGUUUAGCAUGUUAUUAUGCUAAGAUUUGAUAAUUAGCAGUAGCAUAUGGUUCGGCUGCAUCAAUUUUGAUCCUUUUUAACAAAAACUGUCCAUGUGUCCAACGAUGCUAAAAGCGCAAUCCUGAAUCGGUGGAGUACUCUUACUAUGACUGAAGGGAAGUCUUUGAGUCUAAUCUAAAGUGAACUGACAACACGAAUGUAAUGACAAGGGGGUAUUAAUUUAAUUUAUUUUUUAAUCUUGGGCCAUUUGUUUUGUCCCAAUGAGCUUUAUUCCCUGGGCAACAUCUUGUUUUAUUCUCCAAAUACCCAGUGGUGUCUUGGGACUCAACUUCUGCCCCAUUUCAGACUCCCUUUUCUACUGCAUGGCUUUAUCAGACAAGUGUUUUCAAACAGUUUUCAAUCAGUUUACUAAUAUUUGUCUGUUAUCUGACUGUAAACUGGUAAAGCCAGCUAAAGCCACCUUAAGGUGUGUAAAGGUCCCCACCCCAAUAACGUUUGCAUAUUUAACGUGUAACUGUCAUUAAGUCUUGACAGUUAACAAUAAAAUGUAUCCGAAGAAA